UUAAGUUAUCUCUUUAUAGGUGUGAUGGGGGGGAAAAGGGGAGGGCCACUAUGGAUCUUCUGCCUAAUUUGGAGUUAUUGUGAGGGCAAAACCCCAGUGCAGAUAGUCCAGCGCCCGGCAGUCACCAGAAAUGAAUGCUCCACUUGGGGCAAAUUCCACUUCCAGACAUUUGACCACGUUAAAUUCGAUUUUCCCGGCAUCUGCCAAUACGUUUUUGCCUCGCACUGCAACGACAGCUAUCAGGACUUCAACAUCCAGGUCAGGCGACGCGACAAGAGUGGCUUUCCAGUCUGCUUCACUGCGACCAUUGACGGCGUGCUUCUAGAGGUGAAAGAGUCAGGCAUCACAGUGAAUGGGAAUGAGAUUCCCCUCCCCUUCAGCUUGAAGAGCAUUUUGAUCGAAGACACCUGCACCUAUUUCCAAGUCACUUCCACACUGGGCCUGACGCUCAAAUGGAACUGGGCUGACACUCUCUUACUGGACUUGGAAGAUACAUACAAGGGGAAAACAUGUGGUCUGUGUGGGAACUACGAUGGUGAUGAGAAGAAUGAUUUGCAUUUGAAUGGUUAUAAACUACUCCCGAGGCAAUUUGGAAACCUUCACAAAGUAGAGGAGCCUACAGAAAAGUGCCCUGAUGUAGCUGAAGAUGAAGAUGCCAAAAGCUAUAUAGGUCACUCUCAUCAACAAAAAAAUAAAUGUAGCAAAUAUAAAUCAAAAUGCAAGCAACUUCUGUCCCGCCUUGGGAACUGUCCCAAGGUGGUUGCUUUUGAUGACUAUGUAGCCACCUGUACGGAAGACAUGUGCCUCUGUGCAAAAAAUUCAUCUGAUUUGUCUUUGGCUUCCAGCUGCAUAUGCAGUACCCUUAGUCAGUAUUCUCGAGAUUGUGUCCUGAACGGGGGAAUCCCUGGGAAAUGGAGAACCAAAGAGCUUUGCUUCCAGGAAUGUCCAAACAACCUGGAAUAUACGGAAUGUGGAAACCCCUGUGCUGACACAUGCGCCAACCCAGAGAGGAGCAAGAUUUGUAAAGCCCCGUGUACAGAUGGUUGCUUCUGUCCUGCUGGGACUAUUCUUGAUGACAUGAAUGGCAACAAAUGCAUCCCCAACGACAGCUGUCCAUGCAUGUUUCAAGGCAAAAUCUAUGCAAUCGGAGGCGCCUACUCCACUCCUUCUCAAAACUGUACCUGUGCUGGUGGCCAGUGGGUUUGUGUGUCUCGGCCUCUUUCUGGAAAUUGCAGUAUAAAGGGAGGAUUCCACGUUAGCACAUUUGAUAACAAAGAGUUCAUUUUUCAUGGCAAUUGUCAUUAUGUCUUAGCUAAGGACGUUGGCAGCAGGUUUGUGGUUGCUGGAGAGAUCAUUCAGUGUGGAGUAUCAAGUACUAUGACUUGCUUGAAGAAUGUAUUAGUCACAUUAGGAGCCCUUAACAUACGACUCUGUUCCUGUGGAAAUGUCUACAUCAAUAAUUUCAUUGCGGUGCUGCCAAUAACAAGAGGUGGCAUCACUAUCUUCAGACCCUCGACAUUCUACAUCAACAUCAUGACCUCGUUGGGAGUGCAGGUUCAAGUGCAAAUAAAACCCAUUAUGCAGCUCUUCAUAACAGUGGAUGCAUCUUACCAAAAUCAUACAUCUGGUCUCUGUGGCAAUUUCAACAACAUACAGAAUGAUGAUUUUCGAACAAUUAGUGGAGUGGUGGAGGAUUCAGCAUCAGCCUUUGGUAACUCAUGGAAGACGAGGGGCAGUUGUCCAGAUGUUGAAGACAACUUUGAGGACCCUUGUGCAAACAGUGUGGACAAAGAAAAAUUUGGGAAGCACUGGUGUGAACUUCUGUCUAAUACAAGUGGUGUAUUUUCUGCCUGUCAUUCAGUUGUAGAUCACUCUUCAUAUGUCAAGAACUGUGUUUAUGACACUUGCAAUGCUGAGAAGAGUGAAGAGGCCCUGUGCAGUGUGCUAUCCUCAUACUUCAGAGAUUGUGCUGCAAGAGGAGUACACUUGCAAGGUUGGAGGCCUGGCAUCUGUGAUGUCUCCAAGGACUGUCCCGAAACGAUGGUAUUCAGCUACGAUGUGAAGUUCUGUAAUCAUUCCUGCCGCUCUCUGAGUGAGCCUGAUCUGCUGUGUAAUAUCCCAAGCAGUCCCGUAGAGGGCUGUGGUUGCCCCAAGGAGACCUACCUGCAUGAUGAUAAAUGUGCGUCUCCAGAAGACUGUCCAUGUUACUAUAAGGACAAGCUGAUUCAAGCUGGGAAAUCAUUCCAAGAGGGCAAACUCAUGUGCAAAUGUAUUCGAGGAAGAUUAGACUGCAUUGGAGAAACUGUGAUAAUGAAAGACUGUCCCGCUCCCAUGUAUUACUUUGACUGCAGCUCUGCUGGCCUAGGAGCAAUUGGAUCUGAGUGUCAGAAAAGUUGUAAGACACAGGACAUGCAGUGUUAUGUCACAGAAUGUAUUUCUGGCUGCAUGUGCCCCAAUGGGCUCGUGUCUGAUGGUAAAGGGGGCUGCAUUUCUGAGAACCAGUGCCCAUGUGUCCAUGGAGGAAAUUUCUAUAAUCCUGGGGAAAAUAUCACAGUCCACUGUAACACAUGCACGUGUAACAACCGACAGUGGAACUGUACAGAGAACCCGUGCCAGGGAACAUGCACUGUGUAUGGAAAUGGACAUUACUUGAGCUUCGAUGGAGAAAAUUUUGACUUUAUGGGAGACUGCGAUUAUAUUCUAGCGCAGGACUUUUGCCCCAGUAACCCCAAUGAUGGCACCUUCCGGAUUGUAACUCAAAACAAUGCAUGUGGAAAAUCACUGUCCAUCUGUUCCUUGAAGAUCACAGUGAUUUUGGAGAACACUGAAAUCAGGCUCCUGGAAGGAAAAAUUCAAGAAAUAACCACUGAGCCAGAUGCUGUAAAGAAUUACAAGUUGGAUCUCAGGGGGGUUUAUAUUGUGAUUGAAACAUCCCAGGGAAUGACUUUCAUGUGGGAUCAAAAGACCACAGUAAUUGUUCUAGUGGCACCAUCUUUCCAGGGAAAAGUCUGUGGCCUGUGCGGUGAUUUUGAUGGCCGUUCAAAGAAUGACUUUACCAGCAGAGGGCUGUCAGUGGAGAUGAGAGUGCAGGAGUUUGGGAACAGCUGGAAAGUCACCAGCAGCUGCUCAAACAUAAACACGACUGACCCGUGUGCUGAUCAGCCUUUCAAAUCUGUACUGGGGCAAAAGCACUGCAGUAUUAUCAAGAGUGAUCUCUUUGGAGCCUGCCACAGUAAGAUCAACCCGAUGCCAUAUUAUGAGUCUUGUGUGUCAGACUUCUGUGGCUGUGACAGCGUGGGAGACUGUGAGUGCUUCUGCACCUCGGUAGCUGCUUAUUCAAGAAGUUGUAAUAGAAUUGGUGUUUGCAUUGAUUGGAGGAGCCCUAGAAUUUGUCCUGUGUUCUGUGAUUACUACAAUCCGCCUGACAAACAUGAAUGGUUCUACAGGCCUUGUGGAGCCCCUUGUUUAAAGACCUGCAAAAAUCCACAGGGAAAAUGUGGUAACCCGUUGUAUAGUUUAGAAGGCUGUUACCCAGAAUGCAGCCCGGAGAAGCCAUAUUAUGAUGAAGAACAAAGGGAGUGUGUCUCGCUGCUGGACUGCCUGUCAUGCGACACUAAAGAAAAACUGUGCACAGAAGACUCCAAGGACUGCCUCUGCUGCUACCAGGAAAAGACCUACGCCUUAAAUGAAACUAUAUACAGUCAAACAGAUGGGGUUAGCUGCUGGAAGGCUGUCUGUGGCCCAAAUGCAACUAUCAUUAGAACAUUCAUUCCUUGUGGAACAUCUCCCACAAUGGUGCCUGCUCUGGAGGAGCCAGGGCCCAACCCCAUAGUGCUUAAGGAAAGUACAGAUGAAGAAUCAGAAAUCAAUUUCCUAAAGUCACGGAGAUCAGGACUACGGAACAUUAUAGAAGCACCUUUCACAGCAGCAACAAGAGCAUCCCCAUGCUACUGCAAAGUAAAUGGACAGCUGAUAUCGCAGGGGAGUAUCAUAUCUCAGACAACUGAUGGUCUGGAUCAGUGCUUUUACUCCAUAUGUAAUGCUUCAUGCCAGAGUGAAUUAAUCCAGGGAAAAUGUGCAACCACUCCAAGACAGAGCACAGGUUCUGAGCAGCCCAGCUACCAAUGUGAUUCAGCUUCAAGGAGUGGACGUUGCAAAAAUACUCCCACAAGUGCAACAAACACAUCUACUCCCAAAGUAACUCCUGAGAGAGACUGUCCAUAUCUCAAUCCUCCUAGAAAGUUUAAUGAAACGUGGGAUUUCGGAAACUGUCAAAUUGCCACUUGCUUGGGAGAUGGAAAUGAUAUUAAACUGUCCAGUGUGAAUUGCCCUCCUCAACGAUUAAGCCUCUGUGUCAAUGGCUUCCCUCUGACAAAACACUAUGACAAAACUGGCUGCUGUGAAGUGUUUGAGUGUCAGUGUGUUUGCAGUGGGUGGGGAAAUGAACAUUACGUGACGUUCGAUGGAACAUAUUAUAAUUUCCAGGGGAAUUGUACCUAUCUCUUGGUGAAGCCAAUCCAGCCUGACUCUCAGAGCUUCUGGAUUCACAUGGACAACUACUACUGUGGUACUUCUGAUGGAGCAAUUUGCUCAAAGUCCCUUGUCAUUUUUUAUAAGAACUCCAUGGUUAUUCUUACACAAGCAGUAGAACAUAGGAAAGAAACCAACUUGGUUCUGUUUAACAAUAAGAAGGUUGUGCCAAAUGUUUCCAAGAACGGCAUCAAGAUAACCAGUUCUGGCCUCUACGUGGUGGUUGAAAUACCUGAACUAGAACUGUAUGUUUCCUAUGGACGACUUGUAUUCUACAUAAAACUCCCUUUUCGAACCUUUUAUAACAAUACCCUGGGGCAAUGUGGUACGUGCACCAACCAAAAGUCUGAUGAUGCUAUGAAGAGGAAUGGAGAGAUUGCAGAUUCCUUCAGGGAGAUGGCUUUAGACUGGAGAGUGCCAGAUCCUACCAACAGACAUUGUGAAUUAAAUAACCCGGUGCCAGUUCAGACAGAGACCUCAUUAUCCAAAGUAGAAGCUUGUGUUCCCAGUGCUCUUUGUAAACUCAUCUGGAAUUUGACAGGCUGUCACAAUGCUGUUCCACCUCAACCUUACUAUGAGGCUUGUGUAGUGGAUGGAUGCUCAGCAAUGAAGAAGCACAGCCCAAAGAUGGAAUGCCAAAGCCUUCAGAUCUAUGCGGCCCUGUGUGGAUUCCAUGGGAUCUGUGUGGACUGGAGGAACCAAACUAAUGGGCAGUGUGAAGCCAAAUGUUCUCAGGACCAGAUCUACAAGUCAUGUGGGGGAACAGAAAGAAGCACUUGCUUCAGCAGGUGGGUGAUUAACCAAGCAUUAAGGGCUAAGGCUGAUAUUUCAAGAAAAGCUGAAAGGAGUCAGAAUCCCAAUGGGAUUUGUGUGACUAAUUCACCUUGCCAUGCAGGUGUAUGCCUUUCGAUCAUAGGCUGUAUUGGACCUGAUGGAUCAGUGAAACAGCCCGGAGAGACAUGGGAACAUGAUUGUCUGCACUGCACCUGCAAUCAGGCAACACUGAAUAUCUCUUGUUCACCCCACUCUUGUGCUAGCACUCUGCCAGUCAGUUGCAAUAAAGAAGGAUUUGUUCCUAAAACACGGCCACAUUCAGAAGAUCCGUGCUGUCCAGAGACUGUGUGUGAAUGCGAUGUAAAGUCCUGUUCUCUCAUCCCAAGACAAUGUGAUUUAGGCUUCCAGCCAGUGGUAGCUAUUUCAGAGGAUGGCUGUUGUCCUGUUUUUUCCUGUAUACCAAAAAGUGUGUGUGUUUCUGGAGGAGUUGAAUAUAAGCCAGGGGCUGUGGUGCCUAAAAACUCGUGUGAAGAUUGCUUGUGCACUGAAAAGCAGGGCUCUGCUACACAAACUAAUCAAAUUCAGUGCACUCCAGUAAAAUGCUCAACUGAUUGCCAGCAGGGUUUCCGUUACAUCAGAGAAGAAGGCAAGUGCUGUGGUCAGUGUGUGCAGACGGCCUGUGUGGCCAGGAUCCCAUCUGGCAUUGUGACUGUAGAGGUUGGUAAGACCUACAGAGUUCUGGGAGGGAACUGUACUCUGCACAAUUGCACUCAAUCAUCAGGCCAGUUUGUCUUGACUAGCACAAUAAUAUCCUGUCCGGAGUUUGAUCCAUCAAACUGUGUCCCAGGAACUGUUGCAACAAGUUCAGAUGGCUGCUGUAAGACAUGUAUCCCAUUGUCACAUGUCUGCAAACUGAAGCUAAAAAAAGAAUUCAUCACUCACAAGAACUGCAAAUCAGCAUCCCCAGUCCUAGUGCCUUCAUGUGAAGGGUCCUGCAGUACAUACUCUGUGUAUGCCUUUGAUGACAGUAAAAUGAAACACAAAUGCAUGUGCUGCCAGGAAACGAAGAGCCACACGAUGAAGGUGGAACUGGUUUGCGCUAAGAGAAAGAGACUCACAUACACAUAUGUUCAUGUAGAUGAGUGUGACUGCGUGGAGAUAAAAUGCUCAGAGAAAAAGCCAUGAAAACGAAGUGCUGGAGAAACAUCUAUUUUUAAUGCUUCACCUGUAAAUAGUUCAGAACAGCUGUGAGCAUUCAUAGACCUUCUAAUGAGCUUCCUUCCUUCCUUUGCUUUUCCUUCCAGCAAUCUGCGCAAUUGUGGAAAUUAA